AUGACAAGUAUACUCAAGAUUCAAGAAUGAAGUUUCUUUGACCGUAGGCCACUCAGCAUCAUUUCAGUCCAUAAAAUAGCGUCUAUGGUGCUAAAAAAGCUUCUGGAUACUGUCGGUUAUCCUGAAUUUUCAUCUGGGUUUUCAUCAUUUAAUCAAUCCAUGGCUUGUUCAAUGCUAAUUAGUGCUGAUAAACUUACCCUAAUCAAUAAAACCGCCCCAAGUAAGUUGCGAUUUUCUGGGUCAGAUUAUAGUGGAAAACACCAAAUUCCCACUUUAACAUUUUCCCCAAAUUCGAAGAAUUUGAGGACAAAAACCCUUAUCACAAAAUGCAGUGUUUCAGCUUCAAGGCCUGCAUCACAACCCAGAUUUAUACAACACAAAAAGGAAGCAUUCUGGUUUUAUAGGUUUUUAUCCAUUGUUUAUGACCACAUUAUAAAUCCUGGGCAUUGGACUGAAGAUAUGAGAGAUGAGGCUUUAGAACCUGCUGAUUUGUUUGAUAGAAAUAUGUUAGUGGUUGAUGUUGGUGGGGGAACUGGGUUUUGUACUUUGGGUAUAGUCAAACAUGUUGAUGCUAAGAAUGUUACCAUUUUAGAUCAGUCACCACAUCAACUUGCUAAGGCAAAGCAAAAGGAGCCAUUGAGAGAGUGUAGGAUUAUUGAGGGUGAUGCUGAGGAUCUUCCUUUUCCUACUGAUUAUGCUGAUAGAUAUGUGUCUGCUGGAAGUAUUGAGUACUGGCCUGACCCACAACGAGGCAUAAGGGAAGCAUACAGGGUGCUAAAGUUGGGAGGGAAAGCAUGUGUGAUCGGUCCUGUUUAUCCCACAUUUUGGCUCUCUCGCUUCUUUGCUGAUGUUUGGAUGCUCUUUCCAAAGGAGGAAGAGUAUAUUGAAUGGUUUACAAAAGCAGGUUUUGAGGAUGUUCAGAUAAAAAGGAUUGGCCCUGAGUGGUACCGUGGGGUUCGCCGUCAUGGACUCAUCAUGGGUUGUUCUGUGACAGGCGUGAAACGUUUCGCCGGAGAUUCUCCCUUGCAGCUUGGUCCAAAAGCCGAGGAUGUGGCAAAACCAGUUAACCCACUUGUGUUUAUCUACCGUUUCAUCCUCGGAGGGUUGGCAUCAACAUACUAUGUGCUGGUUCCGAUUUACAUGUGGAUCAAAGACAAAAUUGUCCCAAAGGGAAUGCCCUUAUAAGGUAUCAAAAUUUAGAAAAAACAUAGAUAUUAUUGGUAGUCAUGUAAUUAGAGUUCCUGAAUUUGUUUGAGCAAGUUCAUGCAUUUUGAUAUAGUUAGCUUGGAGAAACUAUGCACUGUGUAGUAAUUCUGCUUAGAAUGAGGGAGGAACAAAACCUCAGAGUACUGUCUUUACUUGUGAA